GACUCCGACACACAUCGCGCGCACCGCACUGACCCACUUGUUAUUGGCCCACUGACUCGCUCUGACUCGCUCUCAAGGUCCGGCCGCGGACCUCCCCCUCUCUCUUCUGGACACGUUCACGGGACGCAGAAUAUGGGACAAGAAGCGAGGCCCAACUGGGACAACCCGGUCCAGUUCGUUCUGGCAUGUGUGUCGUAUGCAGUUGGACUGGGAAACGUGUGGCGUUUUCCGUACCUCUGUCAAAUGCACGGUGGAGGGGGGUUCUUGAUUCCAUAUUUGAUCAUGCUGCUUCUGGAGGGUAUCCCCUUAUUUUACUUGGAGCUUGCCAUUGGUCAGAAGAUGAGCCUGGGCAGCAUCGGGGCAUGGACUGCCAUCAGCCCUUAUUUGGGAGGAGUAGGUCUUGCUAGUGUUGUGACGUCCCUGUAUCUGUGUCUCUAUUACAACAUCAUCAAUGCAUGGAGUUUCUGGUACCUCUUUCAUUCAUUUCAAUCAGUCCUGCCAUGGGCAGAGUGCCCCCUCAAUUCCAACCAGACGGGACCCAUAGAGGAGUGUGAGAAGGGGACACCCACCCAGUACUUUUUCUACAGGGAAACGCUGAACAUCUCUCCUUCUAUUGAAGAGAAUGGAGGCAUUCAUACAGGCCAGGCAAUGUGCCUUCUGCUGGCCUGGAUAAUUAGCUACCUAUUCAUUGUCAAAGGAAUAAAGUCAACAGGAAAAGUGGUGUACUUCACAGCCAUAUUUCCAUACGUGGUACUCUUUAUCUACCUGAUCCGGGGCUUCACUCUGCAUGGCGCCCUCAACGGUGUCGCGUACAUGUUCACACCGAAGUUGGAACACCUUACCAACCCUACUACAUGGAUCAACGCGGCCACUCAGAUCUUUUUCUCUCUGGGUCUGGGUUUUGGGACGCUCAUAGCAUUUGCCAGCUACAACGAGUACCACAACAACUUUGAGCGCCAGGCCAUCAUUGUUUCCCUCAUCAACUGUGGAACCUCCAUCUUUGCCAGCAUUGUCACCUUUUCCAUCUAUGGGUUCAAGGCCACCGUCAACUACGAGAACUGCUUGGAGAGGACACGCGUACUACUGCUGAAUACAUUUGAUCUAACAGAGGACAGCAUCAACAUGGACAAUGUCUUUGAGUGGAUCGAGAAGCUAAACACAACAUACCCAGCGCAGUUUGCUGAAAUCGCCAACAAAUUGGAAGGCUGUAACCUGGAGAGCGAGCUAGACACUGCAGUGGAGGGGACGGGUCUGGCCUUCAUUGUGUACAGUGAGGCCAUUAAGAACAUGCCAGUGUCUCAGCUGUGGUCGGUGCUGUACUUCUUCAUGCUCCUGCUGUUGGGAAUGGGCAGCAUGCUGGGCAACGUCACCGCCAUCAUCACCCCGCUGCGGGACUUCAAGUUCACGUCCCACAUCAGCGACGACUUGCUCAACGGUAUAGUGUGUGUCUUUUGUCUGCUGCUCGGCCUGGGCUUCACCACCACGUCAGGGAAUUACUGGUUUGUCAUGUUCAACGACUAUGGAGCCAAUUUCUCCCUGCUCUUCAUCGUCCUCAUCGAGGUCAUAGCCAUCAGUUACAUCUAUGGGAUUAAAAGGUUUGAGAAAGACAUAGAAGACAUGCUGGGUCAUCGUCCCAACUGGUACUGGAAGAUCAUGUGGGCAGGAGUCAGUCCCCUUCUCCUUAUCACCCUCUUCAUCGUCUACAUCGUCAAAUACAUCCAAGGAGGGACACCCACCUACCAGGCAUGGAACAAAGAGCUGGGCAAGUCGGUGGUGAUGGAGUAUCCCGUCUUCGGCCAAGUCUUCAUCGGGCUGCUAAUGGUGUCGUCGGUCAGCUGUAUCCCCCUCACAGCUCUGUAUGUCUACUGCAGGGAGAGGAAACAUGGAAACCAUCACAUGAGGCAGCGCACUGUCAACACGGUAUCUACUUAGUGCCCAGAUGAUACACCGGGGGGUUGAUCACCUUCCUUCCUCGACGCUUCCAUACAUCUGUCCCUUCAGCUGAACGCAGCGACGACACGCAGCGUCACCGAUUGGUGUUGGGUACAUUCAGGUUAAUGUAUUACUGUACAGUUUCCAUCAGUAUUAAAGUCAAACUUCUGAACCAGAUUCCAAUCAAUACUCUGUGCACUUAAAGAGAAGUUCAAGUUGUAUUUGCAACAUUAUAUUACAGUUUGUUUGAUUGCCAAACAUUUAGAGCAAAUGUAGUUGAAUGUAGGACGAUAUGUAGCUUACUCAGAGGGUUAUAUGUUUGAGUAUGGUAUUCUUUUUUUUCAUGUCUUAUACAUUGCAAAAAUGUCAUGUUAUUCAUAUUCAGCCAUAGAUAUUAAUGUCUCAACGGAGUGAACUAAUUCAGGGUCAAAUCAAGUUUAUUUGUAGAGAUGCACAUUCCCGAAUGGGAUUAAAGUCCAGCGAUAGGAUUACAGAAAGUUCAGCAUUACUGCCACUAGUAGUUAAUGCUGUUUUUGAGAGUCAUUAUUGUUGAAAUAUGAAAGAAGGGGCCAUUUACAUCACUAGUACCAAAAUAUGACUUUUUUAUUUUAAUGUAGUGCUUAAAAAAUAUCACUCCACUUUGGCUGAAAAGUUGAAAUUCUUUGAAGAUUAUAACCUGUUGGACUCAAUAAUAGACCGAGUAGUCAACUAAUAAUAGCUUGUAUUGAGUUUUCUGGUAAACGGAUUUACACAUGUGCUCCAAUGUAAGAAGGUUGUACAAAUUGUCUGUUUUUCCUAUAUAUUUAGUAUUUGUUGAGAAGUAGCUUUCUAUCUGUCCUGUCCUGAAAGGGCUGGAUAUGCUAUGAGACCUUAUCUGUAAUGUGUGUGAAAUGGAGAGCAGAUAAAGUCACGUGUAUUAACCAGUAAUAGAUCUAAUGUGGUAAAUAUAGUUUGAAUACUUAAGUAUUUGCCUUGCACAGCCUCAAAUAUGUAAAAUGUGUACAUACUGUAGAUACGUGUGUCAUCUAAUGGUCUAAUGAUUGGAAUGCUUCAGAAAUGUGAUUUCUUUUCUUCUUUUUGUGCAAUUGGCUAAAUGAAGUGAGUUAGUAGUAACUGACUGUCAUAGACGAUGAACUAACUAGUUUGAUGUUAAUUAAAAUGUAAUCAAAAGUUCCAUUAACAUACAUCAUGUCAUGAGUAGUAUUGUAAUCAUUUAUUGAUCUUUCUGCUCUUAACUUUUAUGUUGAAUGGCGGAAGAUACAUUUUUUAUUAAAGACAAAUGUUGAUGUUAA